AUGCCGCUCACGGAGCUCGUGCCGAAGACACCAGUCUCAGUCUGGGCGCUGGUGUUCAGUCUUGGUCUUGUGGUUUACUUGGGACAAAUCCGCCUCAGACCAGGACUGCGCAAGUUACCUGGCCCAGUGGUUGCCUCCUUGACUAAUUGGUGGCGUCUUUAUGAUGUCUCUAAAGGGUCGCACCAGGAAACAUUGAUUAACCUACAUCGUAAAUACGCAUCAGAUCUCGUUAGAAUUGGGCCAAACGCGGUCUCAGUUGCUGAUCUAGAAGCGGGUAAGAUUAUAUAUGGACUGAAUAAGGGUUUUACCAAAUCCAGCUUUUACCAUGUGCAGCAAAAUGUUAGCCAGGGAAAGCCGCUCUUGAACAUAUUUAAUACAACUGAUGAACACUUCCACACUGCCAUUAAACGACCGGUUGCUCAUUCCUAUAGCAUGACAUCUCUAAAACAGUAUGAGACAUUUGUCGAUACAACAUCACAGCUAUUCUGUAGAAAGUUGGUACAGAACUACGCAGAACCAAGAGAAGUAUGCGACCUAGGGACAUGGUUGCAGUAUUAUGCAUUUGAUGUGAUAGGCGAGAUUACCUUCAGCAAACGACUCGGAUUCUUGGAGACAGGUACUGAUAUCGAGGGAAUCAUUGCAGACAUCGAAUGGAGAUUGGGCUAUUUCGCCGUGGUAGGCUACGCCAAUCUCGAGCUCAGCAUGGUGACUGACGAGGAACAUCCAGAUUGGCCAGAUGCCGUCAUUGGACCGCUUUCUGCUCAAGAGCCCAUUAGCGAUGCGCAUCAUCCCUAA